AGGGGCAGACAGAGCCGGACGGCGGGAGGCGGCGGAGCGUGAGAAGCGUUGUGGGACGAUGUCGAGCAGGAGGAGCGUCGGUGACCCCGAGUACUUAACCAGGCGCAUCCCUCAGAACCCCCGGUACCAACACAUCAAAACCCGCCUCGAUACCGGGAGCAGUCUGACAAAAUACAUUGAGAAGUUGGAGGAAAUCAAAAGAAAUUACAGGUACAGAAAGGACGAGCUGUUUAAAAGACUGAAAGUGACUACUUUUGCCCAACUGGUUGUUCAGGUUGCUUCUCUGUCUGAUGAAACCUUAGAAGUGACGAAUGAGGAGAUCCACAAGCUGGAAGGUGGCAAUUCUCCUGCUUCAGACGCAGAUGCUGAGCUCACAGCGGGGACAAAUGGCAAAGGGAGCCCCAAUGGGACACCCCCCAGUCCUGUCCUGUUCAUAAACAACACCGGAGCUGGAGAAUCGUAUCGGUCCACACUGCAGAGUUUGAUAAGCGGUGUCGGUGAAUUGGAUAUAGAAAAGGACACUCAUAAGAAAGCAGACACCCAGGCGAAGGAUACUCCUUAUCCUGACUGCCCCUUCCUGCUGUUAGACGUACGAGACCGCGAUGCUUACGACCAGUGUCACAUAGUUGGAGCUUAUUCUUAUCCUAUUGCAAUGCUGUCUAGAGCCAUGAAUCCAUAUACAAACAGUAUUCUGGAAUAUAAAAAUGCCCAUGGAAAGAUUAUAAUUCUGUACGACGACGACGAGCGGCUCGCCAGCCAGGCUGCCACCACCAUGUGUGAGAGGGGCUUUGAGAACUUGUUCAUGUUGUCUGGAGGGCUCAAGGUGCUUGCACAGAAGGUCCCGGAAGGACUCAUCACCGGCUCGCUCCCCAUUUCCUGCCAGGUGGCAGCUCCCACAGGGUCUGCCCGAAAAAAGCCUGUUCCCAAAGUGCCACCCACGCGUGCUGAGAGCAAAUGGAGGUACUCUGCAGAAGAUCUGCAGAAGAUUAAGUACUACCUCGAAGAGGAGCAGCUUCCUUCAGACACUGCCAGUCGCCUUAGCCGUGGCUCUUCGGGACGUGAUUCCAAAGCAACAACAGCACGGAGCAGCCCCAGCCUCCCCAGCACAGCGGGAUCCCGCAUGCUCAGCAGGAGCAGCAUCCAGAACAGGCCAUGGAAAUAAGCAGCUGUGUCUCCUUCCACUGAAUAAAUGAGCGUCCAGGUUCUGGGAACCCUGAGCAGUGCAGCCCUGUUUGUCAUUUUAGGAAUUCACGGAGGAAAGCGGUGGUGAUGUAUAAAUGGCAGCUUGGGUAAGGCUGGGGAGACGGAAGGGUUGAUGUGAUGUCUUGUAGGAGCAGUGUCACGUUGGCCAAGUGACCUUCAGGACAGGUUUUUGUAGGGGAGGGGGGAAAACUGGUAGUGAAGCCUGUGACCAAGUAGCAAUGGAUCUGAAAGACCUGCAGUUCAGACUAAGGAAUUGUGUCUGUAGCAAACCUUCCUCUGUGCUGGGCUCAGAGCUGCAGGCUGUGCUAACAGUGAGAAGAAAUUGAUCAGAAAAUUGUGAGCAGAAACCGUGGCGUUCUGUGGCAGGGAUGGACAUUCAGCAAAUUGCCAAAAUGGUGGAGAGAGAGGAUUCCAAAUCUCUCUUUUUUUUUUUUUUAUUUAUGUUAACGAGCAGAAGUGUUUGUAAUAAAGAUGUUUUGGGAAAUAACGACCAGCGUGG